UGGGAUACGGAAUCGAAUUGUAUACAAUAGAAGGUGGUUGGAGCAUUUUAUAAGAAGGGUAUAGAGUUGCAUAUGGCUAAUAGAUUGUCAACUUGUAUAUUUCAGCGCACUUGUAAUUCCUGUUGAUCACAUCGAAGAGUCAUCAUCUCAGCUGCAGAAAAACACGCUAGAGAGGCGAUGGUGAUAUCGACCAUACUGGAUUUCGUGUUCCCGCCGCCUCCGUCGGUGUUCACGACGGCCAUGUCGGUGGUGAGCGUGGCCAUGCUGGCCUAUCUGGGCUUGUUGGAGGCGAGAGGAGUUCACCUGCAGUACUCCAAGUUCAGCCUCGCUCCCAACAAGAAAGUCCAGAGCAGGACCGGGAUGUUGCUCCUCUACUCGCCGGCUUUCCUCGCGGGCCUCGCUUCCUUCUUGAUCUUCCCCGACGGGGGCCUCAGGUUCCUGAUCCUACGGUCAGCCAUCUCCCUCCAUUUCUUCAAGAGAAUCCUGGAGGUGUUGUUCAUUCACAAGUUUAGUGGAGGAAUGGGCGUGGGCUCCAUGGUGGUCAUCUCUCUCAUCUACUUCCUCUCAACCGCGACGUCGAUCUACUCGCAACACCUAUCUGAGGGUCUGCCCGAGCCCCCGGUCGACCUGCUAUAUCCGGGGAUAGCGCUAUUCCUGAUCGGGAUAGCCAGCAACUCGUACCACCAUAUCCUCCUCUCCAAGCUGAGGAAAGAGGGUGAGAGAGAGUACAAGAUCCCCAAGGGUGGACUGUUUGGCUGGGUCAUUUGUCCACACUACUUGUUUGAGGUCAUAGCUUUUGUGGGGAUUUCCUUCAUUUCCCAGUCAGUUUAUUCUUGUUCCUGUUCUCUGGCCAUAUUUUUCUACCUUCUGGGCAGGAGUUACGCCACUAGGAGGUGGUACACUUCCAAAUUUGAGGAUUUUCCUGAAGAUGUCAAGGCUCUUAUCCCAUACAUCUUCUGAACCGAUGAGAGUAGUGAUUGGAAAGACACUAAUGUGUUCGUUUUUCUGUUUUGGGUUUGCUCUUGGGAAUUUGCAUUAUGUUGCUUGCAGAUCUGGUUCGUCGAUUUGUAUCUUAUGGAAGAGUCAUAUACAAAUACCUGAUGCUCCGUUCUAAUAGGAUUGACUUAUAUGAA